AGUGUGUUCUGCUGCUCCCAAGGAAGCAAGGCCACUGAGGCACUGAGAAGCACUGUAAAUCAUGUCAGGAAAGAAGGUGGCUGUGCUGUGGCUGCUGGCUGUGCUGGGCUCUGUGUCUGGUGGGAAGGUGUUGGUCUGGCCAGUUGACAACAGCCACUGGCUUAACAUGGAGUUUAUCCUGCGGGAACUUGUAGUCCGGGGCCAUGAGGUGACUGUGCUGCUGCCUUCGUGCUUCCUUAUCCUCAAUGGCACUGAGCCCUUACCUUUCCAGUUUGAGAUGGUCGAGGUACCAAUCAGCAAAAGUGAGAUGGCUGCCGCAAUGGAUGAAGGUUUCUAUUUUUGGUUCUACGAGGAGAGAAGGUUACCCUUCUGGGAAAGUCUUAAAAAGAUGAUUGAUAUACUACGCAAGUUCGAGAAUAUAACCAGAACCAUUUGCGAUGGAAUUGUGAAGAACAAGGUGCUGCUGGAAAGGCUGAGGGCAUCUGGCUUUGAUGUCCUCCUGGCAGACCCACUGAUGCCCAGCGGGGAGCUGUUUGCAGAAAAGCUGGGUAUCCCUUUGAUGUACACCAUCCGGUUCUCCAUGGGCAACACAGUGGAGCGGCUCUGCGGGGGACUCCCAGCUCCUCCUUCCUAUGUGCCAGCCAGCCUAAGCUCCCUAACAGACAAGAUGACCUACACACAGAGGAUAAAAAACAUGCUCUCCUAUGCUCUGCAGGACCUCGCAUACCAUUACAUUCUUUGGGGACAUUGGAAUCAAUACUACAGUGAUAUUUUAGCAUGCUCAGACUGGAGUUGUGCGUGGACUGCUGAGAUGAUGGGGCAAAGAUUCUCCUGGCUACUCUGGACCUUUGCGUGCUGCUGGAGUGUUGGCUUUUGUGGGAAAGUGGUGGUCUGGCCCAGCGAUGCCAGUCACUGGGUCAACAUUAAAGUGUUGCUGGAAGAGCUUAUUCUCCGGGGUCAUGAAGUGACUGUGCUGGUACCAUCAAUAAAUCUGCUCAUCGACUACCAAGACACGUCAUCUCCUUUCACCUUUGAGGUCCUGAAAGUGAACAUCACCCAAGAGACCCUGGAUGCUCUCAUGGAGGACUUCCUCAAUCUCUGGAUAAAUGACCUCCCUAAUCUGUUCCCCUGGGAGGUCAUGUGGAGGAUGAAAGAAGCCAUAUACUCCUUUUCCAACUUGUCAAAGCAGUCCUGUGAUGCCUUGGUGUCAAAUCCUCAGCUGAUAGCAAAGCUGCAUCAGGCCAAGUUUGAUAUUCUGGUAGCUGACCCUCUAGCUGUAUGUGGUGAGCUUGCAGCAGACCUACUGGCAAUCCCUUUUGUCUACAGUUUCCGUUUUUCUGAGGGGAACGUGGUAGAGCGGCUGUGUGGUGGGCUCCCAUCUCCACCUUCUUAUGUGCCUGCUAGCACAACAGGGUUGACGGACCAGAUGUCCUUUGUGGAGAGACUGCAGAAUUUCUUCUUUUACUUUGCCAUGGAUUUAUUUUUCUUAAAGUUUUGGCGAGAUGAAUGGGACGGAUACUACAGUAAUGUCUUAGGAAGGCCCACAACCCUGUGUGAGACGAUGGGGAAAGCAGAGAUAUGGCUAAUCAGAACAUACUGGGAUUUUGAAUUUCCUCGCCCUUUCCUGCCCAACUUUGAGUUUGUUGGAGGACUUCAUUGCCAGCCUGCAAAGCCACUGCCAAAGGAAAUUGAAGAAUUUGUUCAGAGUUCAGGGGAACAUGGCAUUGUGGUAUUUUCUCUCGGGUCAAUGGUCUACAACCUAACUGAUGAAAGAAGUAAUGUGAUUGCCAAAGCGCUCAGCCAGCUUCCACAAAAUGUCCUCUGGCGAUACAAAGGUAAAAAACCAGAAGCUCUGGGCUCCAACACCAGGAUUUAUGACUGGAUACCCCAAAAUGACCUGCUCGGCCAUCCCUUGACAAAGGCCUUCAUUACUCAUGGUGGGACCAAUGGGAUCUAUGAAGCUAUUUACCAUGGAGUCCCAAUGGUUGGGAUUCCCAUGUUUGCUGACCAGCAUGACAACAUUGCUCACAUGAGGGCAAAAGGAGCUGCAGUGGAGCUGGAUUUCAGCACACUGACAACACAGGAUCUAGUUGAUGCAGUGAAUACAGUCAUUAACAAUUCUACCUACAAGGAAAGUGCUUUAAAGUUAUCCAAGAUACAUCAUGACCAGCCAAUUAAGCCUCUGGACAGAGCUGUCUUCUGGAUUGAAUUUGUCAUGCGUCACAAAGGAGCAAAACAUUUGAGACCAGCUGCUCACCAUCUUACCUGGUACCAGUACCACUGCCUGGAUGUUCUGGCAUUCUUGUUCACCUGUGCAGCCAUUGCUGGCUUCAUUCUUGUCAAGUGCUGCAUGUUUUGCUGUAGAAAAUGUGGUAGGGUCACAAAAAAAAAGAAAGAGUAGAUAUGUUGAUUCCAUCAGCAGUUAUUCUUCUCAUACACUGUUUCAGUAAAGCAUUUCUGCAUAUUCCUUGGUAAAUACAAUUAUUAGGAUAUGCUUUAAAUUACGCAUAUCAUGAAGCACCUCAUUCAACUGGGUUGUACUAAAAAAGCAGUUAGAGAGCUGCUUGCUAACCCAGCAAAUUACUUUUGGCCUCUAUAACAUUGAAUUAUAGCUGUCUAAUCCCUUGGGAAGCUGUUAGCUGAUCACACAGUAUUCCUAAAAUAAUUGCUGCUCUAACUUUUCAAACUUAGUUUGGUGAUCUUUUUAAAUUCAGCCCUUCUGUGUGUCAUCCAGUGGUCCUGCAAUUGGUUUUCUUAGCCUAGCUCUGUCCUCCCCCAUAAAGUCACCUAUGCUUGGUGAUUCAAAACCAGAACACCUCUCCUGCCUGCAUACCUCUUUCCAGAUUGAACAGGGAAGCUCUUAAAAAACACCCAACUGAAAGGCUAACAUCAUGAAAGACGGGGAGCUGCCAAAAUCUGGUGAAGCUUGUAUCAUCUCUUUCUACAAAUGCACUACUUAGUGGUAUAUGGGAGAUCAGAGCUUAUCUGAGUCCUGAAACCAGUAGAGAAACUGUUUCCUUUCCUCAGGGAACCAUUCCUUUUUCCCAUCCAGUAUACUCGGAUUCCUACUGCACACAUUAUCAUUCCAAUUACACCACCGUAAGUGUGUGAAAAUAACCUAUAUGUAAUGCGCUUGCAUUAACCCCCAAAUCCUCUGAGCCAUAGUAACUGAUAAAUCCCAAAAAACCUUGAGGUGGAACUUACAAAGUAGUACGUCAUACAUGGGAACAACACAAUAGUUACUUGUUUUGCCUGAAGUACUGGUGGGAAAAUAAUGCUGCCCAUGGCUCAGACAGAGAUGUUAAAUGUUGCACUACUGAAACUAUUUAAGGAGACCUUACUGAUGAAAACUGAUGUUAGUUCAGGCCUCCUGCUGAAGGUAAGGCUAUUCAACUAUUAUGCCAGCAUACUUAAAGAAUCUGCCAGACAAACUGGUGUUUGUUGUAUUCUGGAUGUUGCAGAUUUGUUUUCAAACAGACUAAGAAAACAUUAUCUUCGUUUACAUAAUAAAAUUCCCCUCAAUAUAUUAA